GAACGUUCUCUUAAAAUGUCAAUUGUCAAUAUCUUCAAAAUAACCUAAAUCGUUAAAAAAUGAGCCAAAAUGAGCGUUAAAAGAAAAUAUAAUGAUUGUUCUGGUGUACAAGAAGAUUUUCGUUAUUUAAUAGAAAAUUAUAAUCAACCAAUAGUUUUUAAAAAUGUUUUAAAUUGGCAUAUUUUAUCUUGGAGGUUACAAGAUUGGAAAAAUGUUCUUAAAAAUGAAAUUGUUAAAUAUCGAGUAGGAAAAUGGACUUAUACAGAAAAUCCACAAUGGGAUAAUAAAACUGAAAUUAGAUCCAGUACUUUUAAUGAAUUCUUAGAAAUUGAUGAUACAGAAAAUUGGGGAUAUUGUGAUUAUAAACACUUAGUUGAACACUUUAAAGAUGUUGAUGAAAUCCAAAAUUGCAUAUCUUGGAAAUCUUUAGGUUUUCCGGAAUAUACUGCAAAAGAAAGUACAAUAUGGUUUGGUACAAAAGGUGCACAUACACCUUGCCAUAAAGAUACUUAUGGUUAUAACCUUGUAGCUCAAAUUUAUGGCCGAAAACGAUGGUUAUUAUUUCCUCCAAAUCAAAAUUUACAACCUACUCGAAUUCCUUAUGAAGAAAGCAGCAUUUUUUCCAAAUUAAAUUUUUUUAGUCCAAAUAAAUCUAAAUUUAAUGAUUUAAAUAAUUGUAAAAUGAUAAUUUUGGAACCUGGUGAUGUAUUAUUUGUGCCUCAUAAUUGGUGGCAUUAUGUUGAAAAUUUAGAAUUUGCAAUCAGUGUAAAUACUUGGUUAAAGUCUCCAGUAUAUGACGAUGAAAAACAAUUUGAUGAAGCUAUAGUACAGUUUAUAAUUGGUCGCUUUUACAAAGAAAUUGGAGAACUGCAAAAAAAGAUUCUAAUAAAUCCAAGUACAGAUAUGAAAUUACUAGAGGAACAGAUGGGUUUAAAUAAUUCAUUACAAAUAUUAGAUGUGUGUAGAAGAAAAAUUGCAUUGAAAUCUAAAAAGAAAGUUGAAAAAAUUAAUGAAAAUAUUGAUUGUAAUCAUAUUUUGGAGAAAUACAGUGAAGAAAUUGUAUUGCUAAAAGAUUUAGAUGUGAAAGAUUUUGAUGAAUUUUUAACUUCACAAUCUGCAAGAUUUGUUUCAUCAACAACAGUUGGGGAAGAAGAAAAUAGUGAUGGGAAUGACGAUUUUUUAUUUAAACCUCUGUUGCCACCACCACCUGCAAUCAUCUGCAUAUGCCUACGAAUGAAAAAUGAUGACUUAUCAUUUUUCCAGAAGAUACAAACCAUUUGCUGUAAGUAACACAUUCAACUAUUUGUUUCAUGGCAAUAUAUGGUAUAUAUAUAUACACUGUAUCUAAAUGACAUCAAAGAAAUAGCAUCUGAAAAACUUUUCUUCAUCUCUCUCAUUAUCCGAGGAAUAAAAUGCUUUCACUUUGCUCAAGGGUUUAAUGUUUAAGGGUCGAUAGCUAACAAUUAAUACAUAAAGUGCAUUGGUGUUACUUAGAUACAAUCGUUACUAUUUAAAAUUCUCCUUAGAAAGAAUCUUAAAAACGCACUAAAAUGAAGUAGGUAAUAAACUAAUAAACACUAAUAAACAUUUUACUGAAGGAAAUAAUACCAAUCUUUAAAUGUGGAAAUGUCUUUUAGUGUAUCUUGUUUAGUGAUUUGAUGGCGUGAAUUGGCGCAAGCAUCUAUUAAAGAAAAAAA